AUGCCGCUGCGGUUGCAGCUGCUAACGCCAGCAAGUACUGACGUGAAUACGAGUGCGCUCGUCAAGAUGUAUGGCGGCUGCUUGAAGGCAAAUAAUUUCAACUACAGCGCUAAAGAAAGAGACCUACCGGUUGUGGCUGGCGAAAGGUAUUUUUUUGAUUCUCCACUCGUCUUAACUUACGAAAUUCGGGAGGACGCUGCGCGAACGGAACCUCGACGCAUCGAUUUUAAGUGGACUACUUUGUCAUAA